GCUGCCGCUGCUGGCCCAGGGGCCUGGGGGCGCGCUGGGAAACAGGCAUGCGGUAUAUUGGAACAGCUCCAACCAGCACCUUCGGCGAGAGGGCUACACGGUGCAGGUGAACGUGAACGACUAUCUCGAUAUUUACUGUCCGCACUACAACAGCUCAGGGCCUGGCGGCGGGGCGGAGCAGUACGUGCUGUACAUGGUGAACCUGAGCGGCUACCGCACCUGCAACGCCAGCCAAGGCUCCAAGCGUUGGGAAUGCAACCGGCAGCAUGCCUCGCACAGCCCCAUCAAGUUCUCCGAGAAGUUCCAGCGCUACAGCGCCUUCUCGCUGGGAUAUGAAUUCCAUGCCGGCCAAGAAUACUACUAUAUCUCCGGGGAGAAGCCGGUCCCCACUCUCCCCCAGUUCACCAUGGGCCCCAAUGUGAAGAUCAACGUGUUGGAAGACUUUGAGGGAGAGAGCCCCCAGGUGCCCAAGCUUGAGAAGAGCAUCAGCGGAACCAGCCCCAAGCGGGAACACCUGCCUCUGGCCGUGGGCAUCGCCUUCUUCCUCAUGACACUCUUGGCCUCCUAGCUCUGCUCUUGCUAUGACAGAGAGAGGUGGGGCAGGGCUGAGAAGGAGCAGGGAGUCAGCUGUGGGGCCUACAUCCUUCUUUCCAUGGUUGGGAGUGGGGCCUGCACGGUACAUCUGUCUGUCUAUCUGUACCUGCCCUCUUUGCCCACUCUCUCUAGGGCAGGCACCGCGGUGGAUCAGGCACAGGGACAGCCAUAGGUCCCAGGUGGCCUGUGGCUUUGGUAAUGUUUGGUACCAAACCUGAGGCCUUUAAAAGGCAGCGCUCAGGACUCCCUGACCCCGGUGCCCUCCCUCUUUGUCCCCCCAAGAGGCACAUAUGCCCCAGAGAGACCACAUGAAGCCGGGAGGUGCCCCCUGUCACUCUCCUCGGGGCAGAACAUGGGGAAGGGACUAGAUGGGUGAUGGGCGGAGCCUCAGGCUACCCCCUUCCCCUGUUUACAGCAAUAAGCAUCUUCUCCCUCCACUCCCACACAGAGGACUGUGGUUUGGAUUGAAUCCAAGUUUACAAAUAGACACCCCUGGGGGGAGCAGGCAGUGGACAGGGGUGGGCAUUGGGGUGCCAGACAGGCAUGUACAGACACUAUAUCUCUAUAUAUAAUGUACAGACAGACUGAGUCCCUUCCCUCCUUAACCUUGAUCUUUCUUGACUACCCCUUCCAGAUUCAGACCCCUUCCCCACCAGGUUAGGCCCCCCUUGGGACCCCCCUGGCCCCUCUUUUGUCUUCUGUGAAGACAGGACCUAUGCAACGCACAGACACUUUUGGAGACCGUAACAACAAUGCCCCCUCCCUUCCAGCCCUGAGCCGGGGAACCAACUCCCAGGACCUUGCCCUUCCCACCCCAUGUGGUCCCCACCCAUCCUGGGCCUUUUUCAAGUGCUUUGGCUGUGACUUUCAUACUCUGCUCUUAGUCUAAAAAAAUAAACUGGAGAUAAAAAUAACUGAGUGUGUGUGGUUUCAAGGCUCAUGUCCCUCUGUUUCACUGGCGGAACCCUAUAGGGCUCAGGUCCUGGGUGAGCAGGGCAUUCUAGCUCAGAGUCCAUGGAGUACCUGGCCCUAGGGUACAGCUCUGUGUGGAGAGAGGGACAGAGCUUCAACUUGAGCCUGGGUGACUUUGGACAGACUCCUUAACCUUUCUAGGCUCAGGCUGGCGUUCUCGAAACUGUAGUCAGAGGCUUUUGGCUGGGUCCAAGGAUUUCAGGGGAUUUGUGAACCUAGAUAGGAAAAAAAAUGGCAUCUUUAUUUUCACUUACGUGUGACAAAUUUAGCAUUCCCUAUGUACUUGGGCAACAGGCCACAAUAGCGUUAACAGUACCUGUGACUUUGUAGCCAACAGAAAUCCCGGAUGUUUUCAGACUGCUUUAUAUCUCAGAAUACCAUUUAUUCCUCACUACUUUGAUCAUAGUUGUUAGACUUUCCUUGUUUUUAACAUGUUAAUAAAGAAACAUAUAUAUUACA